AUGAAUUCACAAUUUUUAAAAAAGUCUAUUUCAGAUAUGGCAAUUGGCCAAAAAAUAAACUUUGGAACAUAUGAUAAUUACAUUCCAGUCAGUGAAUUAAGCAAAAAAUCAUGGAAUCAGCAACACUUUGCCCUGAGAUUUCCCAAACCACCAAGGCCAGGAAAAAAAAGGAGAUCAAAACCAUCCCAACUGCGAGACAAUGCAUUUCCUAUAUAUGAUUCAGACAAAAUAAAAGAAGGUCAUAAACAACCGUUAUGGAUGCACAGUUCUUUAAUGAGAAUUUCUGAGAGACCAUCCGAAUAUUUAGCUGCCAGGAGGCAGCUUCAAUAUAAAGCAACCCAUCGCCCAAAGGAAGAUGCUAAAGUAGCAGAUGUAGAAAAACGUUUAUCUCCAGAAACACGUAAGAAAGGUAAAGAAGACAAGCAAGCAGACAAGAAGGACAUAUCAGAAUCAGAAAUAGAACCCACAGUUUUAAAGGAGCCAAAAAUAACUAAGAGAGAGCCAAAGAAAGAUAAGGAUAUAGAAACAGGAACUAAAGAUGAAAAAGAUGCAAAAACAGAUGCCAAAAAAGAAAGAAAAGAUUCAAAGAAGGGCAAGGAGUCAGGUACAGAAUCUGAAGAUGAAAAGAAAGAUGCCAAGAAAGAUGCCAAGAAAGAGAAGAAAGCUUCAAAGAAAGGCAAGGAGUCAGGUACAGAAUCUGAAGAUGAAAAGAAAGACACCAAGAAAGAGAAGAAAGCUUCAAAGAAGGGCAAGGAACCUGCUACAGAAUUUGAAGAUGAAAAGAAAGACACCAAGAAAGAGAAGAAAGCUUCAAAGGGCAAGGAAUCUGCUACAGAAUUUGAAGAUGCCAAGAAAGAUGCCAAAAAGGACAAGAAAGGUAAGAAAGAAGAAAAGAAGGCCAGUGGGACAGAUAUUGAAUCAAAGGAUGAUGCUAAGAAGGAUGGCAAGAAGGAUGGCAAGAAGGAUGGCAAGAAGGAUGCCAAGAAGGAUGCCAAGAAGGAUUCAAUGAAAGAUGCUUAGAAAGAUUCAAAGAAGAAUAUUCAAAUCAGGAUGUAG